AGCCUCACAGCCGGGGAACCUUUGCUCAGUGACGACAAACAUUUUACUGUGGCGGACCAACAUGGCCGCGCUAGGGAGGGUGAUAGCCUGUUUCCGUCUCCUUAGGAGUUCGUCUCGUGUCCUGUUCAGUAGCAGAAAACCUGCAGUCCUCAAAGCGGGCAGAUGGACACAUUUUAUGUAUACAGGUGUAGCGUCUUUAACUGUGGGCUGUGGGCUGUGUGCUAUACCUUUCAAACAGGUUGAUAACCUCUCUCAUGACUCUUUGAUCAAACGAGCAGCCUCUCUGGUUACGGAUAGUUCAAGCACUUUUCUCUCUCAGACCACUUUGGCUCUCAUAGACGCCAUCACGGAGUACUCAAAAGCUGUGCACACACUCAUUGCCCUCCAAAGGCGAUACUUGGAUUCACUGGGAAAACUGACUCCAGCAGAAGAGGACUCAAUCUGGCAGGUGAUCGUUGGCCAGCGUUCAGAGGUCAGUAACAAACGAGAUGAAUUCAUGCGUUUUGAGUUGAGCUGGGUCAGCGCCGUCAAGCUGUGUGAAACAGCAGCCGAGGCAGCGUACAUCUCAGGAGCUGAACAUGCCUCCAUCACGGUGAGGACAAACAUUCAGGUGGCCCAGACACAGGUGGAGGAGGCCCAGAAACUGUCGAUGGAUGCAGAUGCGAAGCUGGCCGAGACUAAAGUAAUGGAGGUUGAAAGGGUGUCACAAUAUGUCGCCUCCUUAGAGAGUAGUGAUGAGGAAGAGGUGCCUGAGGCUUAUUUAAGAGAAGACUAAAACAAAUGUCCAGAGUUAUUAGAAA